AUGCCGGGUCUGCAGGGUGAACAUGUUGUGGCACCGCUUGGGAGCCCUACCAAGAGGAGCAAACUGUCUCUGAGGUUCUUCCAGAAGAAGGAAACUAAACGAGCCCUGGAUUUUUCUGAAUCUCAACCAAAUGAAGCCAACAGCAAUGAUCAGGUAGUGCCUGCUCCCUAUCUGCAACCAAGCUCACCUGACAUCCCACUAACAUGUGAUAAGAGAGAGGACUUGCUGCCAUUUGUGGGGCUCAGCAAUGGGGGAAACACUUGCUAUUUGAACAGCAUCUUACAGGUCCUCUAUCACUGUCCUGGCCUAAAAGAGGGCAUCAAAUCCUUAUACAAGUUGUCAAAAAAGAACACUAAACCCCCUGAAGAGCUGAAACCGUGCGAAGAGCCAUCAGGGGAUGCUGCCAAGUCUCCACCAGCACACAUUGAGCUCCUUGAGAGCUUACACAGUCUGAUAAGGUCUGUGGAGCGGCUGCAGUCCAAAUUUCUGCUAAACAGCAACAGCUUCAUGGAGCGAGAGCUUGACACGUCGCCUCAUAAAGUUCUUAACACACUCAGGCAACUCAACCCCAUGUAUGAAGGCUAUCUUCAGCAUGAUGCCCAAGAGGCUCUGCAGUGUAUCCUGGGAUACAUCCAGGAGGCAUGCAACACCAUAAAAAAAGAGCAAGAGCAGGACGACAACACGACUAAAACAAAAGUGGAACAUGGCGAGAGCUUAUUGCCAGAAUCCCAUAAAAGCACAGAUGAGGACUGUCAGGUGGCAGGAAAAAGGAAAAGCGACACAGAGAUGGGAAAUGCCAAAAAGAAGGCUAAAUCUCAAAAAUCUGGAGCAGAAGAGUGCAUGUUGAGUGCACCUGUCACUCGCUCCAAGAGGAAGUCAACCAAGAUCAAGGUCGGAGGGGAAGAAGAGGCGAAGGAGGUCCAAAAAGAUGAAGAAGAAAGGAGCGGAGGUAGUAGUGAUGAGAAAACAUUUAAAGCGGCUGACAGGAAAAAGAAGAAAGGCAGGAAACUGAGCUGGCUGAAGUCUGCUGGGAAACAGCCCAGCAUUAUGUCUGUGUUUCAAACUGUGGGGAAACUCACCUCUACAUUUUCAAAAAGCUCAAUCACACCAGAGCAAGAGAAUGACGGAGGUCAAACCGACGAGAAAUGUGACGGAGUCACCAAGGAGGAGCAGCUCCACAAGGCAGCGCUUCAUCAAGACGGUCUGGACCUGAUGGAGCGCCUGUUCCAGGGUCAGCUGGUUCUACGGACUCGUUGUCUGGAGUGUGAAAGCUUCACGGAAAGACGGGAGGAUUUCCAGGACAUCAGUGUCCCUGUCAUGGAAGAGCAACACAGCGACUUGGAUGACCUCUCUUCUGUUUCUCCCUACCCUAAAGCAGAGGAGAAGACCCUGAAUUGGGCCAUUGCGCAGUUCGCGUCGGUGGAACGCAUCGCCGGAGAGGACAAGUACUUCUGUGAUACGUGUCGCCAUUACGCGGAGGCAGAGAGGAGUCUUCUAUUUGAUAAAACUCCUGAAGUCAUCACUAUUCACUUGAAGCGCUUUUCUGCCUGCAAUUUAGAAAUGGACCCACAUGCCAGUCUCUCUAAGGUGAAUGCACCCCUGCAGACACCAUUGACCUUGUCUCUGGAGGAAUGGUGCACUCCGCGCUCGUCGGGAAAAGGUUACAGCUACGAGCUCUUUGCCGUGGUCAUGCAUAGCGGCUUGUCCAUCGGCAGCGGCCACUACACCGCCUAUGUCCGCAUGGCUGGCUUGAAAGACGCCAAGUUCUGGCUGUGUGAAACGGAUCCGCUCGAGGAGUCCGAAGAAGCAGCACGGGAUGACUGCAACGGUGGAGUUAAGCAGUGCAUGAGCUCGCCUUACGACGAACUGGGAGGUAAGGAACCUCCUGAUGCCGUUGUCGGACUCUUGGGAGGCCAGCGCAGUCGGACCGAGCGCGAAGAAAAAGUGGUCGCUGGCGGGGCAAAAGACGGAUCUGAUCAGAGAAAAACUUUAAAACAAAAAGCAGAAGCUGAGUGUAAAAAUCAGACUGACGAUGGAGAGGAAUCGAGAACGACUUUACGGGAGGAAGAACAGGAGGCUUUAAACAACCUCCUCAAAUAUGAAGGCAAAUGGCUGCAGUUUGACGAUUCAGAAGUGACUAUGUUCGAGGAGGCGGACUUUCUGCGAGCCUGCUUCCCUCAAACCAACUCUUCUUCAACACCCUACUUGCUCUUUUACAAGAGAAUACCUGUGUCUAAACAGUGA